GCCCUACACAUGGCCAGGCCAGCCGACGUCGUACGCACACUGCUCUCACACGGCGCGGAUCCUAACGUGCCUGACUACUACGGAAAGACGCCAUUGCACAUUGCCGCCGGGCGCGGUGACACGGCCAGCAUGGCGUCUCUGCUGGCCUUUGGUGCGUGGCUCGAAGCCCGUGACCGCUUCGGUGCUUCACCGCUACACAACGCCUGCAAGGGCGCCGACCCGCCCGCCAUUAACCUGCUGCUCGAUGCGGGAGCCGAUAUGUCCGCG